CUGUUAACUGUUAACAGAACAUUCCUUGAAUAUACAAUAUAUUACAAUAGUCAUGGGCAUAUACAUUUUUAAACAUUUUCAUGAGCAUUUUAUAAUCAUUUUUUUCGUUCUUAUUUAUUUAUUCAUUGGAAGGUAAAUUGCUUGUGUAGGCCUACGUCACCCCCUGAUUUAAAUAUUAUUGACAAAAACAUGUCUACGUAAAUCGUAAAGCAGUAUCGUUUUAUAUAUUAUGUAAAUAGGUGGAGUGACGCGAUAAAUUAUACCAGAACGUGACAUCUAACAAAGCGGAGCUGUUGAUAUUGAAGAGUAGAAUCGAUCAGUGAAAUCAUAAAAAAUGUCCAAACUCUGAAUAAAUAAUACGAUUCAGCCAUAUUCAUCUUCUCCCUACCAACCGACAGUAUCAAGGAAGGAUAAUUCCCUGCCAUGGAUUUCGACGAAAUUCCAGAUGACUUAUAUCAAUCUGGAUCUGAUACUUCUUCAGUGACGCGAUCAAGUUCUGGUCACAGCAGAGAUGCAAUCAAUGACGUUGCGGACCAUGACUCUGCGUAUGAGUCCACAUUAGAUGGGGUGAAAGUCGUGUUCGAAAAUCCGAUUGACGAAAAAUACAAGUGUGUAUUUUGCCAAAAAAUCCUUGUGUUCCCGAUUCUGCUAGAGGUAUGUGGACAUCGGUGCUGUUCAUCAUGCUUACCCAAGCUUCUGAGGGAAAAUCAAAGAUGUCUCCUGGACGAUAAGCCAAUAUCACGUGACAACGUUUUCGUAGACUCUGCGUUUGGUCAGGAGAUCGGUAAACUGGAUGUGAAAUGUGUGAACCACGUCAAGUUUUGCACUUGGACGGGCAUCCUCAGCGAAUCAAAGGAACACAUCAAGAAGUGUUUGUAUGUCGAAAUAGAAUGUCCGAAUGUUUGUGGCGCAAGAAUGAACAAAAUGCACAUGGAAGCACAUCUAAAGGAAAGCUGCCACAAGAGAAUGGUUACUUGCGACUUCUGUAGCAAGUGCAUAUUCUACAAGGACGAGAUUUCGCACUACAACGUCUGCUCAAACUUCCUGGUGCACUGCCCGAACGGGUGCGACGUCACGGUACAGUAUCCGCGACACAAGCUGGAGAAACACCUGGACACGGACUGCCCAUUGCAAGUCAUAGAGUGCACGUUCGCCUAUCUUGGCUGUAAAUUCACGACAAUCCGUUCAAAAAUGCACCACCACAUGAGAGACAAUAAGGACAUGAAUCGUCACGUGGCAAUGAUUGGAAAGAAGGUUCUCGCACAGGGGCAGCUUUCUGACACAAACGCGGUUGCCAUGGAAGAAGAAAUGAGCUUGCUUAAGACAUGUGUUGAAAAGGUUCAAAACCUUGAGAAAACGUUCGGGUCUCACUUGGUUUGGAAAAUCGACCAUUACGCAGAGCGUCUUCAGGACGCAAAACUUGCCAUAAAGACAACUAUCUUCAGUCCGCCAUUUUUAACGGGCAGAAACGGCUACAAGUUGGCUUUGUCUGUCUGUCUAAAUGGUGAUGGGAAAGGUAAAGGUCAUUUUAUGUCAGUGUUCAUCUGCAUAUGCCGUGGGGCGUACGAUGGCAUCUUACCGUACCCCUUCACACACCGGGUCACGUUUACUCUCAUCGACCAAUGUGAGGAUCCAAAGGCUAGGUGUAAUAUCUCGUACAGCAUCAAACCCAAUCCGAGCAAAGAGAACAAGUCUUUUUUGGGCAGACCGCAGGCGGAGCGCAACCACAGCUUCGGGACCUCCAAAUUCGUGCCACUGAACGUUGUGAAGACCAGAGAUUACAUCCGCGACAAUAUCAUAUUUAUAAAGGUUCGAGUGGACCAUGACGAAAAAAUGGGUUUAUAGAAUAAAACAUUAUUUAUAUAAUUACCUACUACAUAGGAACACAUUAUUUGUCAAUUAUUUUAUGUAUUGUGUACUAUCGAACGUCACGUUUCAAAAAUAUUAUAACUCGCCACCAUCAAUAAGCCUAUGGCAUACCGUAUUCAACUUCUUAAUGAUAGAAUAGUCUAAAGCUCUUUCUGUCCACAUUAUCCAAUUUUUGUAACGUACCCGUCCACGUAUAGGCAUGAUGAUGUCAUAUUACAUCCAAAAUAUGGGCAUAUCACAGUUGUUUAUCACAUACAAUUUGAUACCGUGGACAGAGCGUUACAGAAUGUACCGGUACUGAUUAGUUAUGUGCAUAUGAAUCGUGGUAUAGAUGGGACAGACAGUUUAAUUUCCCGUCCUACAGAAGAGGCGUUUGGAGUAAAUACCCACCGGGAUUAUGCUUUAAUGUAGAGGUGGUGCCAGCAGGGAGAGAGGAAUUCCCACACCCCCUGUCAGACAGGCCUGGGCCCCCCUAUCAUCCGGUGCCACGACGAAGUAGUCGGAUAAAAAAAAAUAAUAAUUUGCUUAUCCACAUACGUUAUUUUGAUUGCCAAUUUCUUAAAGCACAAUUUGGCCAUAAAAACUCUCCCCGUCAACCCUACCAGACUUUUUUAUUCCCGGAUUCCGACCAAGGCUCUAGUUGGCAACGUAGUUUGGACCUCUCUUUCGGACAUGUCUGACCACUUGUGGCCAAAUUUCUGGAGCCAACGCUGCUUCAAAGCUAAAAACAUAAUAUUAUGCUUGCGCUACUUCGGUGUAUUUAUAAGCAUUGUAGUUACAAAUGCAGAUGUAGGUGUAA